AUGGAGUUGGAGAAUCCUCCGACGGAUACGUCGGCGUUGACAUCUCUUCCAGUCAUGAGCUGGAAGCGCUUCGCAAAGGACAUGUACGAUGGACACAUCGAACGGCUAUGCAUUCUUUCGGACCGCGAAAGAACGACAAGCGAAGCAGAGAAGUUGAGACAACUCUUCGCUGGAAGCGCCACUGAAAGUGAAGAUACUCUCAGUGCCAAGACGAAGAAGGAAAGCUUCGAGGAGCAGAGUUGGGACUCACUGAAGUCGAGCCCCUAUUACGAGAUUCUGCGAGAGCACAGAGAUGUGCUCCCGGACAAGAUCCCUGCGGAGCUUCCGCUGAACAAGGGAAUACAACACGAGAUUGAUCUCGAGGGACGAUGUAUUGCGUGGCCACUACCGCGGGAGCAAGUGAAGGUCAUCGACGACUUCUUCGAAAGUCGUCGCAAAGCAAGACAAGUGCGGGAAUCAAAGUCUCCGCACAGUGCACCAACGUUCUGUGUCAAGAAGCCACAGGGUGGUUGGCGCAUCGUUCAUGCUUACAAUAAGCUGAACGAUGUGACGAUACCGGCACAGCCGCCGAUACCUCGAAAAGAUGUCAUCAUCGAUUCGAUGUCCAAGAGCACCAUCUACAGUGCUCUUGAUCUGAGAGACGGGUUCUAUCAGAUCCUGAUGCGUGAGAGCGAUAUCCCUCUCCUAUUGCGCUCGGUGCGUGACUUCGCACCGAGCUACUUCGAAGAUGUGUACGUUCACAGCCGGACUGUGAACGAAAAGACGGACGUUGAGAUGCACAAGGAGCAUCUCCGGGAACUGCUUGGGCUCAUGCGCAAGCACAAGCUCUAUGCGAACCUGAAGAAGUGUAUCUUCGGUGAGAUACCAGUGCUGGGGUGUCUCGUUGGAAAGAAUGGCGUACGCCCUGACCCCGAGAAGGUCAGAGUGAUCAAUGAAUGGCCUACGCCAUCCAACGUGAAGGAGCUGCGGCAGUUUCUUGGCCUUGCAACGUACUUGUGCAAGUACGCGGACAACUACACAGGCAAGAUUCACCAGCAGUCGCAGCUUCUGAAGACGGAAGCUGCGUGGGAAUGA